AAGCUCGGCGUUCGAUUGUUGAGCUUGCAGCUUAUCAACCACAGCCAUGGACUCUCUCAAACCAGUUUCCCUUUCUCUAUUCUUACUUUCCUUCGUCAGUGCAGUCAAUAUGGUCUUCGCAGGUGAUCCUGAUAUCCUUUCAGAUUUCGUCGCACCAACUAACACUAUUGUUGAUGGAAAGUUCUUCACCUACACAGGAAUGCGUGGGGUUCUUGCCAAAUUUCCUCAAAACUUCACUUUAACAAAAGCUACCAUGAAUGAGUUCCCAGCUCUUAAUGGGCAGAGUGUCUCAUAUGCUGUGCUUCAAUACCCUGCAGGUAGUCUCAACCCUCCCCAUACCCACCCUCGAGCUGCCGAGCUCUUGUUCCUUGUGUAUGGUAGCUUGGAUGUUGGAUUUGUUGACACCAAGAAUGUGCUUUACACCCAAAAACUCCAAGUUGGAGAUAUGUUCAUUUUCCCAAAGGGUCUGGUACACCACCAGUCCAACCCAACCAAAGAACCAGCUGUGGCGAUUUCUUCUUUUGGUAGUGCAAAUGCCGGAACAGUUUCUGUGCCUUCGGCUGUCUUUUCAACAGGAAUUGACGAUGGAAUUCUUGCCAAAGCAUUCAAGACCGAUGUGUAUACCAUUCAAAAGAUCAAGUCCGGCUUUGGCAAGCCCUGAACUAAGCCUAGAUAGCUCAAAAAAGGCCUGCACUUUUGUAUUCCAAGCAAUCAAUAAUUAUUCUCUUGGCUCAGGAAGUCGACUAAUGCUUGUUCGUUCAUCACAGUCAUGAAUUUUCAAUAAGGAGUGGUGAUCAUUUUACACUCGUUGCUGUACUUGAAUGCCUUUGGAUUUUUUUCACCAUCUUUUUGAAAGUAAAAAAUAAAUA